AUGCCCACAGCUUUGAUCGACGUUGAUAAACAUCUUUUUGAGCCCAUAGUGAAGCCAGGCUACGCCGAUUUGGACCAGAAGCGGAUCCAGUCUUCUCCAUAUACCGAAAUUGACCAUCUACUAAAUCUUGAUGAUUUGCAGUUUGGGUAUCGAGCAAUAGCCUUGGCGCUUCAAUCGUUCGAAAUUACCAGUCAAAGAUACGCUUUUGACCCAUAUGACGACUCAUUCAAUAUACAACAAAUCUGGCAGCUAGCACACGAGUAUGCCAUAAAGCUAGGAAAAUCGUUGCCCACCACCGAAAUUUAUGUGAUUGCAUUUCGUUCACAGCUUCAUACUGAAACACAGCAGAGCGAAGAGAGAAGAGAGUAUCUUGGUCAAGUAGACAAAGCAUCGCACCAAGAAGCCAACUUAUCUGGAGGACUUCUCAAGUAUUGGUUUGGAACACCAGAAGAUACCCUAGGAAGAAAUUUGGCAACUUGUUGGUGGAGAAGUAAGGAAGAUGCAAAAGCUGGAGGAGGAGGAAAGGCCCAUCGUCAAGGUAUGGCCAAGGUGAAAGGAUGGUUUGGUCAUUGGCAGGUGGAAGAGUACAGGGUUGUUUUUGGUGCGGAUAGAUAUAGUAUAGAACGCAUAAACUAA